GUUGGUCGGAAUGGAGUGUAAGUAAAGAUUUGAGUUCUAGACUGUUAUAAGAUAACGAGGAGAAGAAGAAGAAUUCGCACAAGCACAAUGCCCAUGCAUGCUGUCCCGGGUUCGGAGGCUGAUACAACGACUGUCCGUGACACGUGGCUAGGAUCGGAGCUCUAGAUAUUUUUAUCUCACGACGCUGAUCGCCCAACUGCACCAGCACUAAUUAUCUCAGCUACACAUAUACAGUAUAUUCGACCUCCAGAGUUCAUAUAUAUAGACACACACACCCACAACGCUUCUCGUGCCAUUUCCAAUACCAGCGCACUCUACUUCUCCGAAUUCAAAAACAACGAUCAUGAUCCGAGAGCAGACACCCUUCCUGCGACCUGAUCUUAAAGUUCCUCCCUGGCUAUCCGAUAAUUCGCUGGUAGCCCCAUCUCUUCCCACUUCAUUCCCCGUCCCAAUCAACACCGAUGCCGGCGCCGUCGACUCCUCCGUCCUCCUCCAUCACCACCCCCUUCUUUCCAAUGAUUCUACCCUCACAGAACUGCACUCGCUCGCUGAAGACUUCGGCAUACCCUUCGAUGCUUUCUCCACCGAUCAGUUUCGCAUGUUCGAGUUCAAGAUCCGCAAGUGUCCACGUGGCGGUAGGUCACACGACUGGACCCGCUGUCCGUUUGCCCACCCCGGCGAGAAGGCUCGCCGCAGGGACCCUCGCAAAUUCCAAUACUCCGCCACUCCUUGCCCUGACUUCCGCCUUGCAAAUUGCAAGAAAGGUGAUUCCUGUGAUUUCGCUCACGGAGUCUUCGAAUGCUGGCUUCAUCCUUCUCGCUAUAGAACUCAACUCUGCAAAGAUGCAACCAAUUGUCGCCGUCGAGUCUGUUUCUUUGCCCACACUCCCGAUCAAUUGCGCAUCCUCACUCGGGGCUUGGGCGAAGCAUCGGCGCUGUCGCCGAUUCGUCGCUCUCUGGAUCCCUCCUCCAGCAGCACUUCGUUUAUCUCGUCGCCACCUUCAGUCCCAGUUACCUUAUCGCUACCUGACACCUCACCCUCGUCGCCGGGCAAUUCCCAAUAUGGCGGUAAAACAUCCAACGCGAUGAGUGAAGUGGUAACUUCAAUGCGUAAUGUUCAACUUGAUUCAAACGGGAUGGUUUCUGGUUUUUGCUCUCCCCGUGGGUCAAUUCUGCGACCUGGGUUUUUCAGCCUUCAGUCAACCCGAACGUGGGCAAGAGCUGAUAAGUCCGGACCCGGUUCAGCGCACCUCUGGGCUAACAGUGCCGAAGACUACGCUCCCGUGGAGAGGGUGGAAUCUGGAAAAGACCUCAGGGCCAAAAUUUAUGCCAAACUCAGCAAUGAAAACUCAUAUGGGCGAAGCGACGCGCCUCUUCCGGUUCCUGAUUUCGGAUGGGUCUCCGAACUGGUGAAGUGAAGUUCAAUCUUGGAAAUACUUGUUAAUUAUUAUAUAUGUGCCCUGAAAUUUUUCUUCCAUUCCCAACGAGCAUUCGAAGUCGGCGACGAUGGAGUUUUCUUUUCUGUGAAUAGCUAAGUUUCAAGUAUAAUAAAAUUCUCCCCGUACGUUGUCGAGAUGGAAGAGGUUGUUGAUAUAUAUCUGUAAUUUCAUGAUUGAUAUGUAUAUAGGAUUGACCUCUAGCUCUGGAUUUCUUAGUUGGCAUUUCAUUGGGCACCUUAGGCCUGUGCAAAAGUCUUCCAGUCCUGUUUGGUCCAGUCCAACCCGAGAUGGUCUCAGUCUUGUUCGGUCUGUAUAGUCACUAGUCUUUCAGGACCAAAAAGACUAAAAAGACCAGACUAUUUUUUCGGGUUGGACUGGACAAGAGACCAGGCAUCCGGACCACUAGGUCCAGUCCAGUCCUAUUAAUUUUUUUAUUAUAAUUAUAAUUAAUUUAUUUUUGAUAAAUGUUUAAAGUGUAAUUGAUGCUAAGGAGAUGAUUGUAUAAAGAUUUAUUAAGUUUGUUUCUAAAUUAUUAUUGUA